UCAAUCCCAAAUUUUGGAUUGGGUUACCCAUUGUAAUGUUUCAUUAAACCUUUUAUCCGUUAACACAAAAGUUAAAUCAUUUUCUGUAUGCUGACAAAAAGGUCAAUUAAGUGUUAUUGCUAAAAUCGAGUGACAAAAUUUUAUUAUGUAUAUUUUUUUGAUUAUUUGGUAUGGUCGGUAAAAGGCUUUAAAGCAUUGGAGUAAAUGAAUAUCAUUCUUUUUUUCUUAUAUAUGGAAAUAUAAACUUCUUUUUGCAUCUUCUUAAAAAUGACCUUUGCAGUGAUACAUGAGCACUGAUAAUGUGGCACCUUUUAUUUUAACAUUUUAUGUUUAGAUCACCAACAAUAAGUUUAGGAUGAAUUCUCCAUGUUUAAGAACAGCUCUAAGUGGAAUAUACAUUCGUCAUAUUGGAGCUUUAGGAUCGUACACAAAUAUUCCAAAGAGAAGUAGGUACUUUUGGGAAGCAAGGCCAGAAUGCCGAGAACGAAAACUCUUAAUGCAAAUUACUUUGCCUCGUCUCAAACAAGCAGUGGACCCCACGCAGUUUGUUCAAGAAGUAGAAGAGGAAAAACUUUACGGACUUGAUGUGAUCCUGCAUAAAGAAGUUCAGCAAAUAUUCAAUGAAAAUGAACUUAUUGCUGUGUGUUUAUAUUCUGAAAUGCCCAGUGACAAUUUUUACCAAGUCCGAUAUGAAUUGCAGCAACAUGGAAUGAGCAUGGAGAAAUAUCCUGAACAUGUGAUGGAGUUCACAUUGAAACAAACACCAUAUGAAAAUAUGUUGGAGCUUUUUCGGGGGGAAACAGCAGUCAUAUUUGGAGAAGCAAACGUCAAACAAAUGAUUAGUGCAGUUAGCAAGAAUAAUUACCUUCUUUUACUUGGUGGUUUAGUUCAAGGAAGAUACAUGUCUUUAAAAGAAUUGAUAAAAUUUUCAAACUUAGCUGGUUUGGAUUCAUCUAGAGCGGAAUUGGGCUUUUUACUGAACACAGCAGUUAGUUCAACUAAAAAUAUGAUGCAGAAACCAACUAAUCAACUUGUUCAUUCAUUACAACAAUAUAUUGAGCAGUGUUCUAAUGCUUCAAAUGAAAAUUAAAUUUUAUGUCCGCGGUUUAAUAAAUAUUAAUUCUUUUA